CUGCGGGCGGCGCGGAUGGCGGGCGGCGCGGGCUGGGCGGGCGCCCCCGCGGCUCUGCUGCGCUCCGUGCGCCGCCUGCGCGAAGUGUUCGAGGUGUGUGGCCGCGACCCCGACGGCUUUCUACGCGUGGAGCGCGUCGCGGCGCUCGGCCUGCGCUUCGGCCAAGGAGAGGAGGUGGAAAAACUUGUGAAGUGUUUGGAUCCCAAUGACCUGGGCAGAAUCAACUUCAAGGAUUUUUGCCGAGGAGUGUUCGCCAUGAAAGGGUGCGAGGAGCUGCUGAAGGAUGUGCUGUCAGUGGAGAGCGCAGGGACCCUGCCAUGUUCUCCAGAGAUCCCAGACUGUGUGGAGCAGGGCAGUGACAUCUCUAGCUCUACCUUUGCUGAUGGCGAACUCCUCCCCAGGGAACCCAGCUUCUUCCAGGAAGACGAGGAGGAAGCGAUGACACUGGCCCUGCCCGAGGGACCCCAGGAAUUAGAAAUGGACAGCCCCAUGGAGAGCAGCCAGGGCCUGGAGGGCUCUGUCAGGAGUCCUGGCGAGGAGAAGGAGCCUGAGCUGGGGGGCCUGUGCCUGCCAGAGGACAGGUCCCUCGUCCUCACUCCAUCCAUGACCACAUCAGACCUUUCCACUCACUCCACCGCCUCUCUCAUCAGCAAUGAGGAGCAAUUUGAAGACUAUGGAGAGGGGGAUGAUGUGGACUGUGCCCCCAGCAGCCCCUGCCCUGAUGAUGAGACCAGAACCAACGUCUACUCAGAUCUCGGAUCUUCAGUGUCUUCCAGUGCGGGGCAGACCCCAAGGAAGAUGCGGCACGCCUACAACAGUGAGCUACUGGAUGUGUAUUGCUCUCAGUGCUGCAAGAAGAUCAACCUGCUGAAUGACCUGGAAGCCCGGCUGAAAAACCUCAAGGCCAACAGCCCCAACCGGAAGAUCUCGAGCACAGCUUUCGGACGGCAGCUCAUGCACAACAGUAACUUCAGCAGCAGUAACGGCAGCACUGAGGACCUGUUCCGUGACAGCAUUGACUCCUGUGACAAUGACAUCACAGAGAAGGUGAGCUUCCUGGAAAAAAAGGUAACAGAGUUGGAGAAUGACAGCCUGACCAGUGGGGACCUGAAGAGCAAGCUGAAGCAGGAGAAUACGCAGCUGGUGCACAGGGUGCAUGAGCUGGAGGAGAUGGUGAAGGACCAGGAGACCACAGCAGAGCAGGCAUUGGAGGAGGAGGCCCGAAGACACCGUGAGGUCUACUGCAAGCUGGAGCGGGAGAAGAGCACCGAGCUGGAGCUGCUCAACACCAGGGUGCAACAGUUAGAAGAAGAAAAUACUGAUCUGAGAACAACAGUGACUCGACUUAAGUCACAGACAGAGAAACUGGACGAGGAACGGCAGCGCAUGUCUGACCGUCUAGAGGACACCAGCCUGCGACUCAAGGAUGAGAUGGACCUUUAUAAGCGCAUGAUGGACAAGCUGCGACAGAACCGCCUUGAGUUCCAGAAGGAGCGGGAGGCGACGCAGGAGCUCAUCGAGGACUUGCGGAGGGAGCUGGAGCACCUGCAGAUGUACAAGCUGGACUGUGAGCGGCCAGGUAGGGGCCGCAGCUCGUCCGGCCUUGGUGAGUUCAACGCCAGAGCCCGAGAGGUGGAACUUGAACAUGAGGUCAAGCGUCUGAAGCAGGAGAAUCACAAGCUGCGGGAUCAGAAUGAUGACCUGAAUGGGCAGAUCCUGAGCCUCAGCCUCUAUGAGGCAAAGAACCUUUUUGCCACCCAGACCAAAGCCCAGUCCCUGGCUGCAGAAAUCGACACGGCAUCCCGAGAUGAGCUAAUGGAAGCCCUGAAGGAGCAGGAGGAGAUCAACUUCCGACUGAGACAGUACAUGGACAAGAUUAUCCUGGCUAUACUGGACCACAACCCUUCCAUCCUGGAGAUCAAACACUGAGCCAGGGCUGGCUGCAGAGCGGCCAUUGGACCUGGGACCUAGGGGAAGGCCUGCCUGAGGAUAAAGACGCAGGCAGGACCCCACACUCACUCUGUAAAUGCACCUCUGACCACCCUGUAUGUGUGUGCUGGCGUAUGUGCGGGAGACUGCACACACAGGCAAGGGGUGAGCUUGGGGCCAUGGCUGUGGGUGACAACCCAUGAUGAGCUGUGUGUGCACUUUGCAGCCCCUUUGUGAGGGGCUGAGGGGGACUGGAUAUGGGAGGGAGACUCUCAGGAGUUAACAGCAAGGACUGGAAGCUUGCAUCUAGGAUACUGAUGAAACGAUUCUACCUCUGGAUAAGGGUUAGAAGAAGCUCUCAGGAGAUGCGUGCUGCCCCCUGCACCCCCCCCCCCAGCGGGGACAAAACUGUUACAUUCUCUGUUCUCCAGAAUUUGGUGUCCUUGCCAGCCUUUCUGGCCACCAUUCAAACCCAGGUUUUCUAAGCUCAAAGAGGAGGAAGGGGUGUUGGGGGGUAUAGGGACCCCUGUAGAUGGCCUCCUGGGUGCAGAAAAAUGACGGCGGACUUGGGUUUCCGGAGCAGCUAGUGUGCUCUGUCCAUGCCUCUGGGGUGAGUCCUUUGUAGUUUCCCAUGCCCUUGCCAGCCUUGCUCUCCUACCUCCCCUUUCUGGUUUGGCUUCACUUUGGUUUGAGGACAAGAAAUAGACACAGCAUUUACUUGGGGUGGAGUGCCCAAGGCAGGUGUUAACACUGGGGCCAAAGGGAGUGGUUGCCUGGGAGACGUGCUCCCAUGGCUCCAUCCUAUCGCGGGCGUGUACGUGCAGAUGUGCCUUGGUGAGGGCAGGCCGGGGUAGGUAGCCACACCCCUUCCUACAGCUCUCAGGCACACCUGGAUCUGGUCCCGUUAGGGCAGACAGUGCUGGUGGGAGGUCCAGUGGAGAACAUCGUGGGGCGGGGGGGACCUUAGUCUUCCAUUCUGUGAAUACAUGGUGGGGAUUCCCCACCCCCCAGAUUUUUAAAGAAUGUGAUGUCUUGUUCUAGGCAUCCAGGCAUAGAUGCCGUACCUGGACUGCUGACAGUUUAUCUCAGUUUUACAUGGUUUGUGAUUGGCUUCCUUACCCCAGCCCAGAGAAGCCUAGGUGGUCUUACCUCUUCCCCUUCUGUUUGCUUCCUUGAGCAUAUCUUGUGUAAAAAGGAAGGUUUGGGCAUGUUGGGGAGGCUGGGGGGCAGUUGAGGGUGAAGAGACGACUUGGGGUAUUUGCCCUGCUUGACAGAGACAGGGCUGUGACCACUCCACUCCUGCUUUCCAGGCUUUUCAGAUCCGUUUUAAUCAUAUGAACAGAGUUGUCUCGUGCCGUGUAGAUGGUGGGCGGGUGGCCUUGUCCUGGGCUGCCUGGAGGAGCCACACUAGGAGGACAGGAAGGCUUGAUCUUGAGAUGCAGGUCUCUGUGGGCAUUCCCUGGGGUCUAGGGAGAUAUAGAGAAAGGCUAGGUAGGUGUCUCCUGAGGAUAUGUCAGAAGGAAGGGAAGUAAACCAUGACUUGAGGUUGGUCCAGGUGUCACCCUGGGAGGAGCAUGGCAGAGGCCUGCUGAGUGUCGGUCCUAGCCUGUGGGAGCUGCCUCAGGGAUGGGUGUUGGUAUUUGAAAUGGGCCUCCAGUUUCACUGGUGUGUAAGUGUCCAGAGAGGACCACAGAGGCCAGAGUCACGGUACAGCAGAAGAGGAAGGAAUUUGUGCCAAGGCAACGAGCAGGGAAGGCUUUUGACCCACGUUGUUGGGCUGCAGGAAUAGAGUCCCUGAGGAAAUGACAAGUUUGGAGGCUCUGGGGCGCGGACCCUUGCUAUAGCCUCUGGAAGAGUGACUUUUGGGGUGGGACUGGCUUCCAUGCCUUCCAUGCAACACACCAGCCUUCUGACUUCCUUCAGCCAGGAUGCACUUAGAGAACUUUGUCAGCUUGACCUAAGAUCACAUUCGUUGCUUCUUGUGGUGAUGACGGUAGGUUUUUGUCAUCUCAGACAAGGUCUUACACUGUAGCUUUGGCUGCCCUGGAAUUCAAGGAGACCCUCCUGACAGUGUCCUGUGAAGGGGUGUUGCUUUUGCCAAAUUGGACAGCUCCCUUGGAGAAGGGUCAGCAGUAACUUGCCAAGAUCCGAGUAGGUUGGGGACCAGGCAGGGGAUGCACUUUUUAUGUGAUGCUAAGUCUUCCUUGCAUUCCAUUAGAAGCCAAGCAAAAUGAACUAAUGUCUUGCUGCAUUUGUUUCCUUUUAGCUUUGAAUUGGCUAGAUUUUGCUUCAAACUGGUACUUUCUUUGAGAUUAUACGGAGGAAAUUCCUUUUUAAAGUUUUAUUUCUCACACACUAAAAACACAGAGCUCAAGAACCAAGCAGAACACUAGGACUGGAGAUUGGGUUUGCCAGUUUGCCUGUGUGCUGGUGUCACCUGAGGAGAUUCUGAAAAGAAUCAGAUGAUGGCAGGCUUGGGGAUGUAGCACAGUGGUCGAGUGCCUAGUGUGAGGGUUAGUCCGUGGCGGCACGAAAAGAAGUUGAUGACAGGACCGCCUGUGAGUUUCUGUGUAACUGGUAGCAUGGGUGGCCCAGCACCCAUGCCUGCGUUGGUUUUCCCAGUGCUGUUAGUGCACAGCUCCAGGUGGCGGCUCCUGUCCAGAAGGUCUUUGGCUCAUACAGAGAAACCAUGUGAAAUGUUUGCCUUUAACUGGGAUGAUGGAAGAUGGAUGGCUUUUGGUAAUUGUGCCACUGAGUGGUCCUUGCCCCAGGAGAGAAUCCAGCUGCUAUGAGUAGCCUGGAAGUCUGUAUCCCGUAGUGGUCUCCUACCUGGGACCCCUAGAGUCACAGGAAAUAUGUGCCAGCAUAUACUGGGUAUCAGGCCAUUAUAAAGUGGGGACAGAUAAUCAGGUAAGAGCUGGGCCGUGACAGCAGCUGGGUGCAAUGGUCACUUGCCUUUGUGGUUUUUGUCCAUUUCCUGACUGCAGUGAGGCUUUCCCAGUUACUUCCCCGUCAGUGCCAAAUCAGCACCCAGUUCACACUACGAGGACUGAGUUGUGAUCCAUACUGGUUCUGAUGGUCCAGGGGGUGUCAUUAUACAUUGGGCUCCAGCAGGGCAUCUGGAGGCUCUACAAGGCCCGAGAAAGUGGGGAAUGACUGUGAGGCACUGGCAAAUGUAUACCUGUCUGUAGACAUGACUGAUGGGACCUGGGGAAGGGUUAGGGUAGUCACCAGGUCAGCCCGACAGAUGCCCAGUGAUUCUGUAAGAGUCCAGGUGAAGCUCUUCCCCAAUCUUUCCUCCUUACCCCAACCCCCACUGAAGCCCAAGGACUUGCCUCUGUGGUGGCUCCUCAGGUUGGCAUCACUAAUGUGAUGCCUGAAGUUAGAGUGGCCGAGUCUUUAGAGGGCCUCCCUGUCCUGACUUCCAUCUUGACUUGAAUCAGCAUGGGUGUGUCAGGGUAGCUGUGUCAGUUGGCAUCUUUUAACUGCUUAGCUAAGAAGGGAGCCACUUCUAGAAGGCUUUGUCUCUGAAAACAGCAAGGUAACAGUUCUUGUCACCCUAUUCACCACGAGCUGGGUAUCUUUGAUGUACUGUCCUUGUGGGUUCCUCUUCCCAUUGUGACUGUAAUGCAGGGAUGUCUACCCCAGAGGUACCAGCGGGGGCAACAUCCCAGGCCCCUGCUCCCACAGGCCUACGUUCUGUUGGCCCUGCCUGUUAUUGAGACUGUCUGCUUUCCUGUUCUGCACAGCUGGAUUUUGUCUGCAUGGUUUGGGGUCCUUGUGCCUUUUUUCCCUUGUGGCCACCACACAGGAUUCUCUGUUACCCACUGCCCCCUUUUGUACCCCCUUACCCGUUCCCCAGGCCUGUGUAUACUCGUGUGUGCCAGCCAUGUGUCCCCACCGAGGCCAGCUGGCAGACCCUUUACUCCUGCUGCCCCCGGUCAGGCCCGCUACCCCAUAGGUCCCCCAGCCUGUGUUGACUUGGUAACUUUUGUACAGGAUCUUUUGUUACAGUCUUAAGCAUAGGGAACACUUAGUCCUUCUGUACCUGCAGCUGGUUUAGAAGCCCUGCAUCCCAGACAAGGGUAGCCUUGUGCAGACCAACUUCUCCCACAAACCUCUUCUGUGUGGGUGUGGGUAUUUAUAGAAGGCAGAUCGCCUUUAACCUGAGGCACUGGCUCCAGCAGUCUGCAAGGCUCCACGCGGGGCUCUUCUGGAGGAAGCCCCAGCCACGUGGUUUCCAGUGCUUUGCAAUACAUUUGAGUUUAGGGCCACUGCGUCUGGUGUCUCCCCCGUGUGUGCUGAAGGAAAUCAUUUGCUACUGUCCCUGCCUGCUAUUAUCACCUGUCCAGCCCUUCCUUGUCUGCUGGUGCUCAGACCAGAGUGCCGUUAAUAACCAGACCGAUGUCAGGACAGGGACGUGACAGCGAGUGCUAAGGACACAGCCUGCUGGCUCCCAACCUCAACUCUUCAUGCUCUGGGCUGGGCCUUCUGGGGCCCAGGUGGAAGAAGCUACCGGCAAUGGGUUCUGAUUCUCCAGUGAUUACAUCUCGGGCUUUGCCCCGGUGCCAGUAAUUGCCUUAGCUUUGGGGUUGGAAAUUCCACUUUAGGCCCCAGGGAGGGGAGAGGGGUGAGUCCCAGGCCCUGAACUGUUUGCCUCCAGCCUGUUCUCUUCUGAAACAGGUUUUCAGCGUGGGCACCUUCCAAGGAACUGUAAUGUACAGAUCACAGUGUAAAUAAACAGUUGGCUUUUUGUUCCUGA